AUGGGGCAGGGGCUGAGCUGCGUGCCGAGUCACGAGCACGGCCUGUUCAGUGCUGUUCAGUACGGCGAUUUGGAGGCCGUGGAAGCUCUGGUUGGGGGAGACACUGCGCUGCUCCACCAGACGACUCCCUACGAUCGCCAGUCUCUGCUUCACGUAGCUGCUGCUAAUGGCCAGAUCGAGAUUCUGUCUAUGCUCUUGGAUCAGUCUCUAAAUCCAGAUUUAUUGAACCGCAACAAGCAGACUCCUCUUAUGUUGGCUGCAAUGCAUGGCAAGAUAUCCUGCGUCAAGAAGCUGCUUGAUGCUGGGGCUAAUGUGUUGAAGUUUGAUUCUCUCAAUGGAAGAACUUGUUUGCACUACGCUGCUUAUUAUGGCCAUUCAGACUGCCUUAAAGCCAUAUUGUCGGCUGCUCAAUCUAGCCCUGUUGCCGCCUCUUGGGGAUAUGCAAGAUUUGUUAAUAUUAGAGAUGGACGCGGAGCCACUCCUUUGCACUUAGCGGCUCGUCAAAGGCGACCUGAUUGUGUGCAUAUUUUGUUAGACAAUGGAGCUCUGGUCUGUGCUUCAACGGGUGGAUAUGGCUAUCCUGGGAGUACUCCUCUUCACCUCGCAGCAAGAGGAGGAUCUCUUGAUUGCAUCAGAGAAUUACUUGCAUGGGGUGCAGAUCGUCUUCAAAGAGAUGCAUCAGGGAGAAUACCACAUUCAGUUGCUAUAAAGCACAUGCAUGGAGCAUGUGCAGCGUUGUUAAAUCCUUCAUCAGCAGAGCCUCUUGUGUGGCCAUCACCUUUAAAAUUUAUCAGUGAGUUGAAUCAAGACGCGAAGGUUCUCUUGGAACGGGCCUUGAUGGAGGCAAACAAAGAGAGAGAAAGGAGCAUCUUAAAUGGAGCUGCUUUCUCAGUUUCUCCAUCUCAUUCUGAUUCCGGAGCAGAUGAUGAUAUUUCAGAGGCAAGUGACAAUGACUUGUGUUCCAUAUGCUUCGAGCAAGUAUGCACGAUUGAAGUCCAAAACUGUGGACACCAAAUGUGCGCCCACUGCACGCUUGCCCUCUGCUGCCACAACAAGCCUAACCCGACCACAGCCUCCAUAAACCCGCCAGUCUGCCCAUUCUGCCGAGGUCCAAUAGCCCGCCUUGCAGUCGCCAAGAUCAAGAACUCUGAUGAUCACGAUCAUGAAGUGAACGAGAUUAGUUCCUCGAAGCUAAAGAAGUCGAGGAAGUCGAGGAACUUCAGCGAGGGAAGCAGCAGCUUCAAGGGCUUAUCUUCAGCCGUUGGUUCACUGGGGAAAAUGGCCAGUCGUGGCUCGGGGAGGAUUGCUGCCGACAAUGAUUGGAUGGAUAAGUCCUGAUAUUCUCGCCCUCGGUGGUCACUUUCUUACAUAUGGCAUUGCAAAUAUUAGUUUUGGUAAAACCAUGAUUUGAUUCGAUCAGGAUGGGGAAAGAAAUAAGUCGAGGAUUCGUCAAAAAGUGGUGGGCCCACCCCUUGCUUGGCAUAUACUGGGAAAUAAGCGGGAAUCCUCGUUUAAGUUGCAGGUUUGUUUCGGGCUGGUGAGUUUGGUCAUCACAUCUGGGUUGCGUUGUUUGCGGUUGUUGUUGUUGUCGUCUUCAUCAGCAUUGUAGGAGAUUGGUGAUUUUUGAAGUCUCUGCUGUUAGUUAGUAACUCAGGGAAAAAAAGGAGAAUUCUUUGAUCUUCAAAGGGAAGAAAAGGAAAUGGUCAAAGUUCUUCAAUGGCUGCUCUGCUCGGCUCUUACGAAAAGGUCCAUCACCUCCCAUGGAUCAGGAGGCCCGCUGUAAUUUUGACUUUGACCCCACCUGGCAAUUCUUUAUUAUAUUCUCCAAAAAUGGGGAGGGUAUGUAAUUAUUUGAUAUUUCAUCAGGGAGGAUAUGUAAUUAUUUGAUAUUUCAUUAUCUAUUUUUAUGUAAAAUAUAUAUAUGGAAAAAAAGAAGAAGAAGGAAAAGCUUUGGCUGCUGUUGUGAAAAA